AUGGGGGUGAACGUCUUUGGCUUCGACAUUUCUCUGACAUGGCUGCUUGUUGGUGCUGCAGUUAUUAUCUACAUUUGCCACGAUCUUUGGAUUCGUUCAUACUGGAAGCGACAUGGUAUCAAAUCACCUCCAUCAAUUCCAAUCUUUGGUAAUACGCUUCAAUGGACCAAGGGCAUCCAUAACGCAUUCCUUGAUUACAACAAGAAACUAGGAUCCGUCUAUGGCAUAUACGACUGUCAUCGAGCUAGCCUCUGUGUUAGUGAUCCGGAUUUGCUGAAAGAGCUCUUGAUCAAAAGUUUCAGUAGCUUCACAAAUCGUUGGAUUAUUCCGUUAACCGGAAAAGCCCUUAAAAAAGCUCUAUUCAACGUCUUUGAUGACCAAUGGAGGCAAAUCAGGAACGUCGUUACACCUACUUUCAGUGCAGCCAAGAUGAAACAUAUGUUUCCGCUGGUAAAUGACUGUGCCAGCACCCUACUGAAGAACAUAGAGAAACAUCAGAAGAAAAGUGGCGACAUUGACUGCAAUGAAUUACUUGGGGCAUUUGCAAUGGACAAUAUUGCAAGCUGCGCAUUUGGGCUUAAGGUCGAGUCCCAAGAAAACAGGAAUGACCCUUUCGUUGCCAACGCUAAGUAUACAUUUGCAAACAACUUCUUUUCGAGUCAACUGGUACUACUAAGCACACUUUUCCCUUGGGUCGUUCCUAUUCUUGAAUAUUUCAACAUCACUGUCAUUAAAUCGCAAACAACGGAAUUCUACGCCGAUAUCGUCAAGAAGGCAAUUGCGACUCGCAACGAAUCAGACAAAGCUGGUGCAGGGUCAAGCAAUGGAAAGAGGAUCGACUUCCUGCAGCUCCUCAUAGACGCCCAUGAGGGAACCGCAUCAAACGACAAAAACAAAGUAGAAAACGGUGUCAAUGGUUACCUCCAUGAUGGAAGCCUUGGUCAAAAUGGACUUGCACCAAAGAGUUCCAAGAAAUCUUUGAAUGAUAAAGAAGUGAUUGGUCAGGCUGUGACCUUUUUCGUGGCUGGUUAUGAGACAACAAGCUCGGCUAGUGCAUACGUUCUCUAUUUUCUUGCUACACAUCCCGAUGUACAAGACAGACUUAUCGAAGAAAUCGACGACGUAGCUCCUUUCGCGGAGGAUCUUUCCUACCAAUCAAUCUCGAAGAUGUCUUACCUCGAUCAGAUUAUCAACGAGACGCUUCGCGUCUACCCAAUAGCCCCAUUGAUUGAUCGCGUAUGUAACGAGCCCUUUACUGUCGAUGGAUUCACCAUUCCAAAAGGCAUGCGAAUCUUCAUUCCAGUGUUUAGUAUCCAUCAUGACCCUACUCUCUGGCCUGACCCGGAAACAUUUGAUCCUGAAAGAUUCAGCAAAGAAAACCGUCAGAAGCACCACCCAUGUGCUUGGAUGCCAUUUGGAUUAGGACCACGUAACUGCAUUGGGAUGAGGUUUGCUAUGAUGGAAAUCAAAGUAGUCACCGUGCGAAUUCUGCAGAAAUACCUGAUCAAGACCUGCCCUCAAACAGAGAUACCACCGAAGAUUGGAAAUCGGGGACUCAUUUCCCCUACCAACGGGAUCGUUCUUCGUGCUGCCAGGCGCAUCUAG